UUACAGGCAACCAUCACGCUGUGUUUGAUGGUCGCACAUUUGACUCGACCGUGUCACUGUCGCGCUACGGUUGCUGGAACCAGCCGACAGCGCAUGGCAAAUAUUUCCAUCGAAAGUAACUCGAUUCAGCGAUUGGCCAGUGGAACGGAAGCGACGAACGGUGUGUCAUCGUCAGCGGAGGCGACAGCGGCGACCGUUGGUGCAGUUGUCAGUUACGACGCAGGCGGUGCUGGUGCUAGUGCUGGCAGCAACGGUGGAAACGAUGGAAGCUUCGGCGGCAGCGCCGGCAACGGUAAUAAACAUCCACCGAAGACGGUUCAGAAGGAGCUGAAGCGAGUAUUUCUGUCCAACCGGACAGUAACAUGCAACGAUGGAUCGCAGGCCGGUUUUUACCUCAGAAAGUCAGCCGGCUCUCGCCGGUGGGUGGUGUUUUUCGAGGGGGGCUGGCAUUGUUACGAUCACAAAACGUGUCGGGCGAGGUGGCUCAAGUUGCGACACCUGAUGACUUCGGCGCAGUGGCCAGAAACGAGAGACGUUGGUGGCCUUCUAUCGCCGUUGCCGUCGGAGAAUCCCUACUGGUACAAUGCAAAUCAUGUGUUUGUUCCGUACUGCAGUAGCGACUCGUGGAGCGGUACCAAGGUCAAACCGGACACCAGGGAUGGUCUGCGUUUUAUGGGUUCCUUGAUCGUUCGACAGGUGAUUGCCGAUUUGAUUCCACUGGGUUUGGGUCACUCGCAGGGAGCCGAUUUGCUGAUGGCCGGUUCGUCUGCCGGCGGCUUAGGCGUUAUGCUAAAUUUGGAUAAAGUGCGCAGCUUUUUGCAGAAAGAGAGAGGUUUGAAAGUGAGCGUGCGAGGUGUCAGCGAUUCCGGUUGGUUUUUAGAUAGAGAACCGUACACUCCUGGAGCCGUUGCCGCUUGGGAAGCCGUCCGUCAGGGAUGGAGAAUGUGGGAUGGAGCCUUGCCGCAGGCUUGCGUUGCAGAACAUACCAGGGAACCGUGGCGAUGCUAUUUCGGUUAUCGGCUGUAUAAUACACUGAAAUCGCCCUUAUUCGUCUUCCAGUGGUUGUUCGAUGAAGCCCAAAUGCGAGCAGACCACGUGGGCGCUCCGGUAACCCCACAGCAGUGGGAUUACAUCCACGACAUGGGUGGAGCUCUGCGCGAAUCGUUGAACAACGUUUCGGCCGUAUUCGCUCCGUCCUGCAUCGGACAUUCAGUUCUGACGAAACGUGACUGGCUCAACAUCCGAAUCGACGACAUUAGCCUGGCGGACGCGCUUCGUUGUUGGGAGCAGUCCGACCAUCGGGAAAAGCAAAUCCUGCGGCGGCAAUCAAACCGAAAUCCAAACCCACAGAAGCUACGCCGAAAGCACAAUGGUAACCGACGGGCAAAGCUGCCGAACGAGAAGCCAAAUGCCGGCGGUUCCGGGCAGCAGAACGGCGAACAAUUUGACAGACCCAAGUUGACCAAAGAAGAGCGGGAACGGCGCCGGGAAGAGCGUCGAGAACGGCAAAACCAACGGCGAUUGAAUCGGUUGAACAAGAAAAACGGACGCGAAGGUGCCGGCCGGAACCACACCCGACAUCAGCAAUCGAAACUUGAAGAAUCCCAAUCAACGAAUGUUCCUAGACUAGAGCGGUCACCAAACAGUGCCGGCAAUGGUAGUAAUAGUCCAAACAGUAACCUGAAUCCAAACAGGCAAAACCCGCAGCAGAAUGGACGCCAUCGACUGCGGAAUCAAAACAAGAAGCGAUUGAAUCACAAGAAUCGUAACCGUAAAAAUGCAAACAACCGAAAGCAGCAACAUCAGCAGCAACAGAAUCGAAAUGGGGCUGCAUUCGGAGUGAAUAUUGCCGAACCAAAGAAGUGCUCGCUGCGGCUGCUGGAGCGCUGCAGUUGGCCCCAGUGUAACCAUUCCUGUCCAACGUUGACGAAUCCGCUGACCGGUGAGGAGAUGAAGUUUCUCGAGCUGCUGGCGUCGUUCGGUUUGGACAUGGACGCGGUGGCUACGGCGCUCGGCGUCGACAUGCAGACGCUGAACAACAUGGACCACGCGGAACUGGUCAACCUGCUGACGCAACAAGUCACGUAG